AUGUCGGGAGGUACACCCGAAACUGAUGGGAGAAACACAGCCUAUCGGGGAGCAGGGGCGAUGCGAAUUUCGUCUGGAAAUGCGGAUUCUGCAAUCAUGGCUAAGGAUAUAACUCUGCAGCGCGAAAACUCUGCCUCCUUCACCAACAACCCAUCUGCAUACACCGAAUCCCAAGCCCAACAGCAGAUUAUCCAAUUCGACUGUCGAGGUCUUGAGUUUACGGAAUUCAUACCGGAUGGUGAAUGGCAAGCCAAAGGUGCAGAGUCGAAUUAUCCCUUUACGGGGAUUGAUUUGCAGGAAGGAGAAUGGUACGAUUAUGAUGAGAAGGCGGGUGAGGAAGUUAGUGUUACGGGGCUGAAAUGGGAGAUCAAGCGCGUAUGA